AUGUGCCAAGGCCCUGAGGCACCGAGAGCACAAUGCAUUCAAGACCUGAGAGGAAGUCCGUCCAGGAAGGUCGGUGUGGCCGGAUACAGGGAGACAGGACGGCAGGAGCUGCAGGCUGUUCUGCAGGCAGCUGGGAGGGCCGCGGGGGAGAGGCCACGGGUGACCCUGGUGCCUGCUUUGUCCCUCAGCAUCUCCAUGAACGGGACGGUCGUGGCCUGUCCCGGCGGCUGCCAGGCCAUCAUGGACACCGGGACCUCGCUGGUGAUUGGCCCACUCUCCCCCGUCCUCAACAUUCUGAAGAGCAUCAACGCCCGGACCACCAGCACCGGCGAGUACAUCGUCAGCUGCGAGGCCGUCCAGAGCCUGCCUGACAUCGUCUUCACCAUCAACGGCAUCGCGUACCCAGUGCCAGCCAGCGCCUACAUCCGGAGGGAGCAGACUGGCAUCUGCUUCAGCAACGUGGACAUCGACACCUCAGGCAGCUCCAGCCUCUGGGUCCUGGGGGAUGUGUUCCUGCGACUCUAUUUCACCGUCUUCGAUCGCGCCAACAACAGGAUCGGCUUGGCCCCUGCGGUGGCGUAGACGUGGGCGCUGCUCCAGGAGGCC